UUCCGAGCCACGGAGCCAGGCUGAAGCCAACCACACCUCUCCCUCGCACGACCACUGCUCCCGAGCCCUCACAUCGCGCGAGGCGCGACCCCCCUUUCCGUCUGACCUAGCCGCCGGCUCCACUCCCGCGCCCCCAUGGAGAACGCCCGCUGAUCUGCCCAGCCGCCGGUCCUCUUCCAUCUUCUACACCUCGCCGCCGCCGUGCUGAUACGGUCUAACUCGCCGCCGCCCCGCCGCUCCGCCGCUGCUCCCGGUCAACCCGCGGCUGCCCCUCUUCAACCUCGCCGCCGCCAGCCCCAGCACGCCGUCACCGCCACCUCCGCCUCUGCCUCCGCGCCUCCUCCGCUCGCUCGCCGCGCUGGGGCAGAUGAAUCCGGGAGGGCAGGCUCCGCUGGGUCAGACGGAUCCGGUCGGGCAGGCUGCGCUGGAGCAGAUGGAUCCGGUUGGGCAGCAGUGGGCGCCGAGAGGCCUGGCCGUACAAGCGGCUCCCGUACCGGCUCCCGGGUACGGGAACGGGCAGGCGGCGCCGGCGCCGGCGGACGGCUCUGGGGUGCCGGAUGGCCAGCCGAUGAGAUCCGUCGACAAGGUUCUGUCUCAUACUACUGCAACGAAUCCUUCUCCGGCUAAGGGUGCUUCAGCCCGCCGCAGAAGAAAUAGAAAAUCAGGUCCUACAUCGGCGACUAUUCCGGCCCCUCCCCCCUUGACGACCGCUCAAGUUCCCUGGAGCUUUCCCCGUGAACCAGCUUCAGCGGCUCAGGUUCUGAGUAAUCUAAAUGCUAGUCCCACUCCCACCGUACCCUUCAAAGCUGCCCCGACAAUGAUAUACAAGCCAUCAAAGAUCAGGAGGUCUCUUCAUCAGCAGUCAUCAAUCGUAGCUGCAUCUUCGGAAAACAAGAUCCUUCCUGCCAUUCGAGUCCGCAUGACUGAACAGCUUCGGGAAUCGAACCUGCAGCAUAUGUUCUCAGAUGGACACAUGUUCCGUGUGCAACAUAAUUGUGCCUAUUUCGAGUUUCCAACCCUGGAAAAAGCACAAGCGGCUGCUGACAGAGCUAAUAGGGGUGAAAUAUCAUUUGAAAUAAAGGUUGAUGUGGAUAGAUCAUCUGAUACACCAGACAGGUUACAUCAAGCUUUGAUGAGGGAAAAUGCUUCAACAGGAAGCCAGAUCAGAGAAGGUGCUUUAGCAGGAGGAAGCCAGUCCAGUGAAGUAGUUCCAGAUGGCCACGGCAGCAAACGGAAAUUUGAGGAUGAUGAUUUGGGGCAGCUCAUCAAGCGACAGAAGAAGGGAGAGAGUAGGAUAGGAAUGGACUUUUCUGCUUUUAAGUGGCAGCGAGUUGCCAAGUUUGCUGCUGUCAAAGGAAAUGAGUUUGUUGAGCUAUACAAGUUUGACCUUGCUUCAUCGUUUGGGUCAGUUUGCUCUUCGGCGUCCAUGUGCUCCAUCAAUCCCGUUGGCAGCUUGGUCUUCACUGGAAUUCUCGGUUACAUGGGCAAAGGUUUCACUGCAGGGCUGAGCUGGGGCGGCAAGAUCGAUUUGGACAGCCUAGUUAUUGCCCAUUACAUGUGUGCCAUCAUUCCUUAUCCAAGAGAAGCUGCCACAUUUGAGAAUAUCAGUAAGGAUGUGCAUGCAGUGAUUUACAGUUUGAUCGAGCUCUACAGAAUUGACAACAAGCUUCCACCGUAUUUCGAUGAUUUGGUUUCUUAAGCAGAGCGUAUCCCCAACAAUAUUGCUACAGACCCUGCAGUCCUUGAGGAAUUUCUGGUGGAACUGAUUAAUCAUGGCUCUUUCCAGCCGGAUCCUAACAUAGUCGCUGCCCUGCAAGAGUUCCAUAGCACCUUCAAAAACCUUGGUGUCGAUGAACAGGAAGAUUUUACUGAGGAGGCAGAGGCUGCAACUCUUGUCUUGCCAGCAAAUUGGCCAAAUACAGUUCAAACUGACAGACUACUUAGCUUGAUCUUCAGUCGCAGCCAUGCUCUCCUGAGAACUUUUGCUUCUGAAGUAGCGUUCCAUAGACAUUUUACCGUGCACUUCAUUGAUAUCAUUGUUACUCCGCAAGAGCUGCAGUGCGUCGUCUCCAAGCCACUUCAGCUUUUCCCAACGCCUAUGGAUCUACUGCAUUGGAUCUUCCACUUGUUUUUGAAAUGAAGGAAAGGAAUAUGAUCAUGGCGUACUAUUUCAGGACCUUUCUUCCUACCUUUUUCCGUUUAAUGUUUAAACUAAUGAAGACCACUCCUUGGAUUGAGAAAAUCAUCAGGUCCUUUAUCAAAUCAGAAUGUGAGGUUGCAGCGGCACCACUAGGAUCAGCUUAUGAGGUACAAGAAGAUUAUAGUUGUGACAGCUUGGUACAAGUAUUGAGUGGAACAGGGACUGCAGAGCUGACUUCAUGUUUAAACAUGUCAAUCCUGGCUAUGGGUAACGUCAAAAAAUUUCGGGACGGUCUGCCCAUAGGAUUGCAACAACAUCAGACACUUCAUGUCCAUCAAAGGCAAGAUGAAUUCACCUGUGUACGCUCUGUCUUAAAUGCUAUCAUUGAUGAUUUGAGUGGUCCGUCUAAGAAGCAGAUUGAAUCUGUGUCGCUGACGUUACUUAUGAAUGCUUUGGCAAAAUGUUGGUCUGGACACAAAGACUUACUGAUGGGCGGGCGAAAUUAUGCUGCCAAAGUUUUUGAGCUGAUUCUAAAGCUCCUACAUGAUUGUUACACUGUUUGUGGUGUAAACACGGCUGAGUCUUGCCACUGUCUGCCACAUAUUCUGUAUAGCAUUGAAGUGAAAUCAUAUAUGCUCACCUUCUUAUUUCCCGUCCUUAGUUUAGGAAAGUGGAAAGUUUUUUCCUUUUAUUUUAGGAAUUUUGGGAACAGAACAUUUCAACAAAGGAAGUCUUUCACCGGUCAAACAAGACGUAAGACUUAAUCUAAAAGAAAUUACUAGAUUGAAUCUAUUUGCAUUAAAAAAACCGAUCAAAAAAAAGGGCGAGCGAAGUAAGUGAUCGAAAAACUUUGUUCUUUGUGAGUGUCGAAAAUGUGGCCGCAGUUCUAGAGUUGAAAGGCAAACCCAAUUUACUCAUCAGUUGACAGCUGCUUCUACCAGAUGCAUUAAAAGCAAAUAUCCAGAAGAUUCCUUCGAUGUUUUACUAAAAAGGGAGAUGGAAAUAUCGAAGCUAUGCCUCAGUUGUUGUGAAACAACCUGUUUGAAAGAGUGUUUGGGACGCUGUCCACAUGCAUUUGUUGUUGCCUUAGAAUGGUGCCACGAGGAGGCGGCUGGUGAUAUAGGUUUAACUUUGGGUGCCAUAUCUAGCAGCAUAGACUUGAGUGUCAUUUACGGUGCUCUUCACCAGAAUACAAAUCAUGUUUUGGUUUCAAUGUUCACUUGCACAUGCAGCUGUGCCACAGUGAGGGAAGUCAUUUCACAUGCUUUACCUUGGAGAAUGGGUCCUGGAUGUUCUAUGAUGCUGCGAACAAAGAGGUUGCAGGGCUCUGGGAGAACGUAAAAGAUAUUUGUGUCAAGCGUGUUCUUAAACCUCAAAUCCUGUUGUUUGCAGAACAGGAAUAGGUCAGAAGAGACGGAUGGUAGAUCUGUGUUUGCAAUAUUAGUCAUGUAGAAUCGUCGGUAGCAAACUGUAUGGGUGAUCAAUCGUAUCACGUACUGCUGAGAUGGAAUUUUGUGAAACGUGAAUUCCUGAACAGAUUAAAUCUGUUGCCUUUUACCCUCUUA